UUGGUUUGUGCUGCAAAGGUCAUGUGAUCACUGUGACCUGGUGUUUUUUUGUGUGGUGGUGGCUCGUGCUGUUAUAUGCUAGCGUGCACUCGUUAAGGUUUUGGCGCAAUGCGAAUCAUCAGUACCGUUCAGUCCCACGCGCUCUCCGCCCCUCUCUCCCCGCCGUGUGACUGAAUCUCCCUCAUCGCCAUAACAACCGCUGGCACACAGUCAGCGCGCGCUCGCGUGGACAGUUCGCUCAAAUAACGUCUUCUCGUUUUCCGUUUUGUUGGGGGAGACACACACACACACACACACACACACACACACACUCUCUCUCUCUCUCUCUCUCGAGCUCAGUAGCGUUUUUUUUUUCCCGUGGAAAGCUGCGCGUGCCUCGCGCUCGAAUUAGAAUUACGUCAAAGCGUUUAAGCCGCUGCAGGUGCAGCAGCAAGGAGAGCACGAGAACGGAGGAAACGCGCGCGUGCUUCCGUCUUCUCAUCUCUUGCUCGCUUCCACACAUAUACACACACACACACACACACGCGCACGCACGCACGCACGCGCGCGCGCUUACACGGAGGGUUGAAAGAAAAAAAAAAAGAGUCGGGUAGCACAAACCGUGACAGCCAACGACCCACAAGAAAGAGAGCUCGCGCUUCACGGGUUUCAUGCACGCGCGUGCUAGUGAUCGACAGGCGUACGUGUAAACCGAAGCGUGGGAAAGCGCGGUUUUCUCCGGGGAUCUGUCAGAGUCACAGGCAGCUGCUGUAGCAGACUCUUUCUGCGCGCUUCCCGGUUUCCGCCAUGGCUCAGGAGAACGGAGAGACCGCAAGGGACUCGUGGAAAAAGCAAGUGGACGACAUCAAGCAAAUGUUUGAAUUCAAGGAGGUCCUCGGCACGGGAGCGUUCUCAGAGGUGGUCCUGGCUCAGGAGAGGGCCACAGGAAAGAUGUUUGCCGUUAAGUGCAUCCCAAAAAAGGCCUUGAAGGGGAAGGAGAGCAGUAUUGAGAAUGAGAUCGCUGUGCUACGCAAGAUCAAGCAUGAGAAUAUCGUGGCCUUGGAAGACAUUUAUGAAAGCUCUGAUCACCUGUACCUAAUAAUGCAACUGGUUUCAGGAGGAGAGCUGUUUGACCGGAUCGUGGAGAAGGGGUUCUACACAGAGAAAGAUGCCAGCACACUCAUCAGACAAGUACUGGAUGCAGUCAACUACCUGCAUAGUAUGGGCAUCGUACACAGAGACCUGAAGCCCGAGAAUCUUCUUUACUUCAACCCUCAAGACGGCUCAAAGAUCAUGAUCAGUGACUUCGGACUUUCAAAGAUGGAGGGCACGGGUGAUGUUAUGUCCACUGCCUGUGGCACACCAGGAUACGUCGCUCCUGAGGUGCUCGCUCAGAAGCCAUACAGUAAAGCUGUGGAUUGCUGGUCGAUUGGAGUCAUCGCAUACAUCCUGCUGUGUGGAUAUCCGCCUUUCUACGACGAGAAUGACUCCAAACUCUUCGAGCAGAUCCUGAAAGCCGAUUAUGAGUUUGAUGCACCUUAUUGGGAUGAUAUAUCUGAUUCAGCCAAGGACUUUAUCAGCAGUUUGAUGGAGAAAGACCCCGCUAAGCGCUACACUUGUGAACAGGCUCUCCGUCACCCCUGGAUUGCUGGAGACACCGCUCUCUGCAAGAACAUCCACGAAUCCGUCAGCCGUCAAAUGCGUAAAAACUUUGCUAAAAGCAAGUGGAGGCAAGCCUUUAACGCUACGGCAGUGGUGAGGCACAUGAGGAGGCUGCAGCUGGGCAGUAGUAUGGGCGCCAGCAUGGACAGCGCUCACCCAAACAGCAGCGCCCAGAGCCGAGGGCAUGCAGCAAAGCAGCAGACGCCACCACCGAACCAAACCCUGAACCCGGCGUUAAACCUCAGCCAAAACCAGAAACCGGCUCCUAACCAGAACCAGUAUCAUAUCAACAACAUGUCUACAGAGUCUCCCACUAUAACACGCAAAGACUGUACAGCACCUCCUCAUGCUUCCUGUUCUUUGGCGUCUGCAGCCGCAUCCCCAGCUCCAGGGGCGGAGCCCUGCAGGCCACACCCCUCCUCAGUUGCCUCGGUGAGCACUGUGUUAACUGGGACCAAGUGACGCCAGGUCCUGCGGGGGGAGAGCUGGGAGGCCACGGCCCUGUAAGCCACGCCUCUCAGACCACCCCCCGCCCUGCCUUGAGGACAGGCAGAGGACUCACCCGCCCACUGGUCGCCAUAAUUAACCAUUGAGAGACUCGACACUGCGCGCCACUUACUGCACACAGAAACUCGUCCUGCUACUCGAACCCCACGCCAUCAGGGGGCACGACACACGCAGACAGGAUGAAGAGGUCUAAUUCACUUAUAAGAGUGGAUUUACGUGGCCGGACUUGAGUCUUAUAUGAGAAUAAUAGCGUGUUGUGUUAUGAAUGUGCUAUGAAUCACAGCAGCCAUUUUACCCUUCGGUUACGACUCGGAAAGGACUUCAGAGGAAUGCAUAGGAGCGAACGUGAUGUGUGUCUGCCUUGAGCACCUUCAGGCAGAACCAAUGUCAAAUAGUUGUUCUUAUUCUACAUCUCUAAGCUCUUCCCCUUGUAUUCUCUCUUUUUCCCCCCUCACACUUCUGGCACUUCCUAUAAGCUGUGUUUGAGUUGACGAGUUUUUUGCAGUUUUAUUUCUAGAGUUUCUAGUCGUUCUCUGGUUUUCAAGUUUUCUAUGAUCUGUCUCGCAGACCUGCAGAAGUGCUUUAUAAAUCAUGUUAGACUGUUUCGAACUGUUAAUCUGGCUCCAAGUUGUAUGUGUUUGCACAUGGAAGUUCCACAGCUACUGACUGAUUUGCUGUAGUCCUGCAGUGUUGGAUUGAGAGUAUAGAGUUUAUUACCACAUCACAAAAUUCAUCCAAAUAUUUGCCUCAAAUAUGAUUUUUCUUUUUUAUUACAUGCACACAUACACCCAAGCAGUGAUGAUUGACGAUGGUAGCACUGUUAUACACCAUCUUUUUCUCAGUCUAUCUAUCUCACGUUUACACACACACUCACACACACAUUGAAAGCCCCUGAAAAGCCAUGGCAGCGUUGCUUCACACCCAGUGUACGAGUUCUCAGGGAAUUCCACAGUUGCACUGGACAUCAUCAUGACCAUAUAAAUGAAAAUUCUUCCAUGUCUCGGGUUGGUCUCACCCCUUAGCCAGAGUAGAGCCCUUGAUAGAAAAUGUUACAAUUAGGAUAUGUCCUGUGCACCAUCGUCCACCGUUGUAUCAGGCUGUCUCUACCAAAGGUCCGAGUCAGGCGGUGAGUAUAUGGGCUAGGGCUGCCCCCUGUAUAUCAACUAAAUGCUUUUAUUUAUGUCAUCAUUUAUGCACUUGUGUAUAUUUUAGCUUAAUUAUAGUUAAAACUGUCAUUACAUCUGGAAGUUUGGAUUAUUUAGCUAGUCAAAAAAAUGCACUUGGCACUGAAAGAUGGAUGCAAAAACAUGGGGGAGUGUUGGAAAAAACUUGGACGCACAUGGACGCACUUUUCUGUAAACGUUUGUAAAGAUGAUUCCAAAAUGGUGGAAUGUAAACUCUGCAAAACUCAUCACAGUACCACUAUGUCGUUAUGAUGAUGUUUAAAAAUAAGUGUGAGGCUAAACUGUAGCUGAUCUAACUUAGUUUGCCUUUUAAUUUGAAAGCAACAAUAGUAAAUUACUUGGGGGGAAAAAUUACAAUUAAAAAAAACAUGAUUUGAAUCCUUAUUUUGAUCAUGUUUGAGUAUAGACAAAAAAAAUAUUCCUUUACAGGCGUAUCUCCCAAAAAUCUUAAGCUGAUGUUAGGUUUAAUUUAAACGAAAACAGCGUGAACUGGGGUGGCGUGAGUUUGAUUGCCAAGUGGUCAAAAUGGGAGACAACAGGACAAAAAUAAAUCAUGAAAAAAUGAUUUUGGGUGAAGGUAGUAGAAAGUUUACAAGCAUAAAUGGGAAAUAUUUCUACUUUGGUACAAAACCCUAAAACAGGGGUCAUAUGCUGACCCAACAUAUUACUUCAGAGGAUCAAACCAUGUACAUGAAAAAAUACUGUAGCAGAAUCAAUCAUGGUUUUUAAAAAAUGACCAUAGUUUAGCGACUCUAAACAUGAACCAGCGUCAGCGAAACAUGCAGCAUCUGUAACAGAUCCUGUGUUGAUGCCAAUCACGUGUUUAUGUAAAUUAUUUAUCUGAAGGCAGCUAGUCAGAACAGAGACUAGCUACAGGACAAAAACUAGCUCACCAACAAAAAACAGACUGUAUAAACACAAAUGGACAAAUAAGAAUGUCUCAAAUUCAAAACAUACAUCUCAUCUGUUCAGAGUCCAUGGCACUAGUCCAACGUGAUCAUGUGACGCUUCACUACGGAACAAAACAUAACGCUCUUCAUCCCGUCUUAUUUAUAGCCAUGAGCUAAUCAUGUUUAAGUAUUAAAUGCUAACUGUUGUCAAGAUUCAGUCAUGUUAUUUGUUUAUCCAGAUUUUGUAGCUGGACUUUUAGCCGUUAAACAACACAUUAUGAGUUGGUGUUGGAUAGACGAGCAAAAUGACGUGACAGAAAUUUGUUAGCUUGUCAGUCAAAUAAGCCACACCCCUAGGUCAUGAUGAUAUCAAGAGGAGAAAGAUUUUUAGGGAGAUACACUAGUAACAGAACAUUCCUUUUGUUUAGCCUCAGAAAUGAUCAAAUUUAUAUUUUUAUUUUCAGUGUUACAACAUGCCUGUUUCACAAAUUCUUAAAAAAAAAUAUCUCUAAACACAUUCAAGUAAUAUAACCUGUAUAUAUUGACAUUAGGUCAGUGUUUUUGAUAUUUAUUUAUUUAUUAGCUCUCUUUUUGAAAUUCAGGCCAUUUGGUCAACCAAGAAAAAUAAUUACUACUAAAUAAAUUGUUUUGGAAGAUACACUAGUAAAAGAACUUUUGUUUAGACUCAGAAAUGAUGGAUAAUAAUGUUUCAGAUUAUGUUUUUUUAAAACACAUUUUAAAGUAAUUUCAGUGGUGUUGCACUUUUUUAGUGUCUAAAAACAUCCUCAGUAACAUAUAUAGUGAAAUUAAAGCUUUUAUUACUUAUUAUUAAUUAGAACUUAUUUUAAGUUUUAUACUCCAAUGUUUUUGAUAUUAUUUCUAUUAAAUUUUGAAAGUCAGUCUUUUGGUCAACCAACACUGCAAAAAAUUAUAUUUUAGCAAGUCCAUAAAGAAAGUCUAAUAUUUCCCAUUAAUUUGAUUAGACCAUUAUUAUUACUACUACUACUACUACUAGUACUACUAUAGAGAUUAUUAUAUAACAAAUAUAAGACAAUUAAGCCUAUUUCUAGACUUAUUCACUAAUUUCAAGCAUAAAAUUGUUUUCUUCUAUUGGCACAUAAUUUUGCUUCUUUCUAGAAAUAAACACUUGAAGUAAGCAAAAUGAUCUGCCAGUAGAAUAAGACAAUUUCAAGCUUGAAAUGAGUAAAAAUAUCUAGAAAUAGGUUUAACUCUCUUACAUUAACAAUCUAAUAAAGAUAAAUAUUAGUUGAAUUUACAUUAUAUUACUCACUAAAAUAUCAGAGGUUUUUUUUUUUGUUUUUUUGCGGUGAAGAAAAUCGUUAGAUGGGGACAGCCCUAAUAUAGCUACAUAUCAUGUAAAUAUGUCACAAAUCUACCGAGUGCGUAGUUAAAUCAGACGUGUAUGUAGUAAAAACAAAACUAAGACGGGGUGGAAUUUAACUAAAAGUUAAGGGCUUUAAAAAUCACUUAUUCCGGUUAUUCCGAGACCAGUGAGUCUCCUUGACCGUAAACGCUUCUGAGUGUCUCGCUUUGUCUCCUGCAGCCUUUACAAUGUGUUGUUCUUGCAGGAGAAGGUGUGUGUGUGUGUGUGUGUGUGUGUGUUUGUGUGUGUGUGUGUGUGUGGAGAAGGGUGAAGGGUGUGUCACAUUCUCCUAAGUGCCAUCAGAAACGUCAUGCAACUUCCCUCCAUCUUGUUUUUUUUCCUCCUGAAUGUUUACGUGUACAUGAUGUAGUCACAGGAUUUCUGUUCAGGAUUUAUCAUUUAUCAGUGUACGCCAUUUUGUCAUUUCAUGUUAAAGGUGUCUGAGAUUCUUGGCAGUUUCUGUACAUUUCUGUGUUAUUGAAGAUGUUAGAUGUUAUGGAUGCUCAAAGGUACCCAUGUACCCGGCAGAGGCCUGAGAUUAGAAGCCAGAGAAGACCGUUUUUAUCUGUGCAGUCGAGUAUUUUUAUACUGAGAGGAACUCUUGGAACUCUUUGUGGCUGUGUCUUCGUUUCUGUUAUGGUAUUUGUGCGAGUGUGAGUGUGUGUGUUUGUCUCACUGUCUGUGUUUAUAUGAGGUAAUUGAUGUGUAUGUCAUGCCUGUGGUGUUUUAAAGACAAUGUGAAAUGUUAAACACAUUUUUCUCCCAUAACAUAAUGUAAUCUGAUUGGAUGGUGAGACAAGACCUGAUAUCACUGGUUAAUUCCAGAUUAUGAGUUAUAUAUUUUGUCUUUUAAGGCCAGGAACCACCCUUUAAUUAUUAAUUAGAAUAAAUCUUUCCUGUUGACAAAAAGACAAAAAUGUUGUAUGACAUUUUCAAAAAUGUAUUAAAAUAUGCAAAUAAGGCAAAUAACUUGCAUUUCAUUACUCACCUAUUUAGCAAAACAUUAAUCAUUAGUGCAAUUUUAGCAUAGGGUUAUGGACAAAAUUUCAAAGUCAAACUACCCAAGAUAUUAAGGGGGGAAAAAAGGAUUUAAAUCCUAUGAAUCCAGUUUGUGAGAUGAUGUGAGUGUUCCUCCUCUGAAAGGCUGAGAAAUACCCCAAUAGAAUCGCAGAAAACUGUUCAUCUAUCAGCAAGAAAACAUCUACACAUGGACCACAUGGACUAUAUAACAUUACGUUUUAGGAAAACCUUUACAAUGAUAAAAUUAAAAAAAAAAAAAAAAGGAGGGAAGAAAACAUGACAGGAUGUGGUAUUCCAGGAAAUUAGCCAAUGAUGAGGCAUGUUGUCUGGACAUUAUCACACUGAAGUUUAUUUAAGUGAUAGAACAUGAGAGGGAGCAUGUAGUCACUAAUGACAUCAUGGCUAUGAUUUGGUGUUUUGGAUUACAAAUUUUUAUCAGUUGAAUGGCUUAUUUUUUUAGCCAUUUAUGGUUACUUUGAAUGUUCACGAUACACAUUAGUGCAUGUUAUCACUAGUUAGCAGCUGUAAACAAUCGUUCACUCACUAGCCUCCCUUUAUCUCUCUCUCUCUCUAAGUAAAUAAGACAAAAAAAAAUCUAGCUUGUCAUUACCCAGAAACCAUAAACUCUUCUGCCCUGAAGACUUGCAAAGCACUGACACUGGAGACUCCUUCCAUAAACAUCUCCUUACAGAAAACUUUACCAUAUCAGCGAUUAUACAUAUUUCUUUUUAAAAUCUCAAACUUACAUUUAUUACGUUUAUCAGGUUUAAAAUUAUGUGACAAAUCAGAGUCUAGAAAAGUACCAUGGUAUAACGAGAGAUUUAAAAAAAAGUCUGAAAAAAUAAAAGAAGAUUGUUGUGUAGUUAAUUAAGUUGGCAUAAAAGUAAAUUAUUUAUAUCAAUAAUUCAGUUUCUUCCUACAUAUUCUGAAAAUAUAAAAGUUCUUGAUGAAAAAUAUCCCAAAUCUGGGGGUUGCAGAUUUUUGCUGGUGGUACCUGGCCUUAAGACAAAGCACUGACACUGGAGACUCCUUCCAAAGCUGUUAAAUAAACAUCUUCUCACAGAAAGCUUACAUUAUAAAUGCAAUGACUAUAAAUGUUUCUUUGUUAAACAGCAAUGUUUUAAAUUAUGUGAACCCAACAUUACAAUGGUAUAAGGAGAGACUAAAAAAAAAAAAAAAAAGCUCUUGAUGGAAAAUAUCCAAAAGACAGGAAAUAUCUGGCCUUAAUGGAGUGAUAGUGAUAGAUCAUGUAGAAUAUGAAAUAAAGUUAAAACGUUCUGAUUUCAGGUUGUCUUUAACGCCAUUAAGUCAGCGCUAACUUGGUGCAUGUGAAAGGAGGAGUUGCAUGGUGUCAUGUUGAUUGAAAAGUGCAUACAAGAUCGAUCUCUCACUCUCUCUCUCUCUCUCUCUCUCACACACACACACACACACACAGCCGCCAUUGAGUGUUAAAAAUGACAGCGAUGAUGAUGAUGAUGAUGUGGAGAACUAAAGUUAUGCCUGAUCUGUGUUAUUAUCCUUAUUUUCUGUGAGUGUUUUGCUCCAUUGUGGUCUUUUGUGUACUUUCUCUCCAGAGUUUGAUCACUCUGUUGGUCCAAAGGCUUUGUAAAUAGAUUGUGUACAGUACAAAUCCUAAGACAUGCUGACGAGACAUGACGAUUAAAAGUGUGUGUGUAUGAUCUUUGGAAUGCAAACACGUUUGUCCUCUAAACACUGCCUUUUCUCUGGAGCUCUAUCGCAGUGUACUGAACACACACACGCGCACACACACACAUGCUCACUCACAUCUGACUGUGAUACACAGCUAUUGUUGUGUAUGUACAUUGGUAUGUUUUAUUGUAUUGACUGCUCUUCAGUACACCUCUCUCUCUCUCUCUCUCUCUCUCUCACCAUUUAUCAGAAAAUCACGCUCCUAUUGGACGAAAACGAGCCAUUUCACAGUAUCGGUAUCCCAGUCCUUAUCAAUGGUGGGCAUUUUAGACAUAAUACUUAGUUACGAAUGCACUUCUAUAGUCCUAAAGAAUCAAGUCCCACUACAACAUUAUUUCAUGUUUCUACCUACUCAGGCGUCGCGAUUGCCUCUUUAAAUUAAAAGCUGUGAUUGACACAUGUCUGUGCCACCCUCUAAACUGUGCAGUUUAUUAAAAUCGUCCCUCAAAUAUAUAGUAAGGACUCUCAAAAUUACUGCAUGGUAUCCACUGACAGCCAGGCAGCAUCGCUGAUAUAAAGUGUAUGAAAUGAUCACAAACACAGAAAAAUCAAAUGAUAUAUUUUUGUUAACAAAAAAAAGCAUGUCUAAAGAGCAACCUCUAAAGUGUUCAUGUAUUUCCAAGAGCCCUUACGUAUAUAUACAUAUAUAUAUAAAUAUAUAUAAAUAUAAAUAAAUAUAUAUAAAACAUGUUUUGACAAUGCAGGUCUUGUUCUCACCGCAUCUCCAUGGCUGCCCUCUCCAAAGUUGCCCAGUGAAAUGUGAAAUAUAUAAUCUAUAUGCAUGUGACAAAAAUAUGAUCCAUAUUUUGGAGUGGCAUAUGAAUUACUAACGUUACUGUGAUGUGAACCUUCUGUUAAUAUGGGGCUUGUAUAUCCAAUGCCUUUGACAAUCAUCUGCACAUAUCAAGAGUUUAUAUACCAUGCUGUAAAGAAACAGGGAAUGAAUGUUUUUUUUUUUUCCUCUAAUAAAUCCUGAAUGAUUAAU